GGAGUGGGGGCUAAACAGUUGGGCUCUGUAGGUUGCGCCAUCGCUUCCUCCUCGUCCUGCGGCCAGAUCACCGUGAUGGACCCCUUCACCGAGAAACUGCUUGAACGCACUCGUGCUAGACGAGAGAAUCUACAGAGGAAGAUGGCGGAAAGGCCCACAGCGGGCAUUAGGAGUAUGACCCAAACGAAGAGAACCAGAGAGCCUCUUUCAGAGACAAGCAACCAGCCCCCUCCCCUGCCAAGUGGUGAAGAGACAACUUGCACAAAACCCUCCCCAUCGAAACGCCGUUGUUCCGGCAAUACGGAAGCCCCCGUUCCUGACCUGGAAAAUAAGCAGGUGGUUGAGUUGACCCCCACAAGCCCUCCUUCUCCAAAGUUGCUGUCGUCCGAGGCCACCCCCAAGCCACGAGAAGCCAGUAUUAACCGGGCCUCCCCCAUUGGCCUCGUUUCACAGCCACGUGAGACGGAAAUGCCAAAUUCAAAACACAACGCACCCGUUGCCCCGACAAUUAAAAGCCGAAUGCAGAAACUUGCUGAACAACGCCGACACUGGGAUAGUAAUGAUGACCUGCCGGAAAGUUCUUACCUGCCACCAACACAGUCAACGAAACAGGAAGCUUCUCCGCCCAAACCACCUCUUUCAGGCCCAGCUGAAACACCGGUGGGGAGAAGGGGUCGUUUAGCCAAUCUUGCUGCCACAAUUGGUUCUUGGGAAGAUGAUCUAACGCAUCCAUCUGCCAAACAAAACAUUGCCCAAGAACAGCCUGGUACUGUUUGUUUAUCCAAAUUGUCCACUACAAAUGGAGCAUCUGCUAGGAUCAAUAGUAGCAGUGUUAAACAGGAAACUACAUGCUGUUUUCCAAAAGAUGCAAAUGUACCUCUGAAUCAAGCCGCAGCUGCAGGGAAAGAUGCGCCUUCCUUGGCUAAAUCUACUAAAUUGAAUAUUACCAGCCCUAAAAGGGGAAUACAAACACCAGCAUCACACCGAGAAAAUCCUUCUAGCCCUCUAAAAUCAGAAGAACUUAAGCCAAUUGGGAAACCCUCUUCUCAACCGUUCAAAGAAGAGCCAAAUAGAGGGACACAUGUACAAUUUCAACACAAAGACAAGCCUACAACACCAGGAAUUAAGCCUUUCCUGGAACGUUUUGGUGAGCGUUGCCAAGAACGCAGCAGACAGAGUCCAGUUCCUGCUUCAGGACAUAAGACUCCCAUUAUUAUCACUCCAAAUACAAAAGCCAUCCAAGAAAGACUGCUUAAACAAAAUGCAGCGUCUUCCACUGCAAACUUAGCCCAGCAGCUCAAGAAGGAACGAGAAAAAGAGCUUGAAUGUCUUCGAGGUCGGUUUGACAGAGGCAAUCUGUGGAGCGUAGAGAACGGGGACGUUUCUAGCAGCAAGCUACCAGAAACCAAAAUGGAAACCUUAGAUCAGAGUACUCCGCCAAGAAAGCAAGUGGUUGAUGCUGAUGUAACUUCACAUUCAGCAACAGAAAUGAUCCCCCAAACUCAGGUGGCAGUAGAAUCUCUCAGUACAGAACCUGUAGGUCUUGCCACACCUGAAAUGCCGAAGCCUAGUUACUUGAAGACCUCAUCAUCUUUACAACAGGAAAAGCCCUCAGAAGUAGCAUUGGAACACAAGUCUAAGCAACAAACCAAAACACAGACUGAAACGGUACGUGAAACUGGAAUGAGUGUGGAUGAAGAUGAUGAGAUCAAUAGUUCAGAGGUGAUAAAUGACAUCUUUAGUGAGGUUCUAGAAGAGGGAGAGGAAGCCGCGGAAACGCCUCACCCAAGGGUGGAUCGAGUUGGAGCCGAAAGCGGUGAUGAGAAGGAAGAUGUUCUGAAUAUUUCGUCAAUGUCUUUACUUGCUCCGUUAGCCCAGACAGUUGGAGUUACAAGUCCAGAGGUCUUUGUUUCCUCUCCCGUAUUAGGAGGGAAGGAUGUCGGUAUGAGUGAAGAAAGCCCAACGCCAGGAAAAUUCCCGAGGACUCGUGUGCCUAGAGCUGAGUCUGGAGAUCACAUUAGUUCAGAUGAUCGGGAUUUAUUGUACAGUAUUGAUGCAUAUAGGUCUCAAAGAUUCAAAGAAACAGAGCGGCCUUCAAUUAAACAGGUGAUUGUUCGCAAAGAGGACAUUACUUCAAAACUGGAAGAAAAAAGAAAUGUCUUUCCAGGUCCAGUUAAUAUUAAACAAAAAAUGCAGGAGCUCAAAAAUGAGAUCAACUUGCAGCAGACAGUAAUUUAUCAGGCCAGCCAGGCUCUAAACUGCUGUAUUGAUGGAGAACACGGGAAAGGAUCCCUAGAAGAAGCUGAAGCCGAGAGACUUCUUCUGAUUGCCACUGAGAAGAGGGCUGCCUUGGUGGACGAGUUAAAUAAACUGAAGAACGAGGGCCCUCAGAGGAAGAAUAAAUCCAGUUCUGCAUCCAGCGAAUUUGCUCCAUCAAGAGGCUCUCUGACUUUAUCAGAAAUGCGUCUACCCUUGAAAGUGGACUUCGUCUGUGGUACAGUUCAGAAACCAGAUGCACCAAAUUAUUAUUUCUUAAUUAUCCUCAAAGCUGGAGCAGAAAACAUGGUAGCAACACCAUUAGUAAACACUUCAAACUCCCUGAAUGGAGAUGCUCUUACAUUCACUACCACACUUACUCUGGAUGAUGUAUCCAAUGACUUUGAAAUAAAUAUUGAAGUUUACAGUUUGGUGCAAAAGAGGGAGAUUGCAGGACCUGACAAGAAGAAAAAGACUCUGAAAUCUAAGGCUAUUACUCCAAAGCGUCUUUUGACAUCUAUAACAACUAAGAGCAAUCUUCAUACCCCAGUGGUAGCCAGUCCAGGUGGCCUCAAUGCAGUUCGGACCAGCAACUUCGCCCUUGUUGGAUCUCAUACUCUCUCACUGUCUUCAGUAGGGAACACUAAAUUUGUUUUGGACAAGAUAAAUUGUGAUGUUAAAGAAAGACAGCUACUGGGCUAUAUGUUCCAGGAAAAGGUACCUUUCUUGUCUCCUUUGGAAGGUCAUAUUUAUUUAAAGUUAAAAUGCCAAGUGAAUUCACACGUUGAAGAAAGGGGUUUUCUGACCAUAUUUGAAGACGUUAGUGGCUUUGGCGCCUGGCAUCGACGUUGGUGCGUGCUUUCUGGCUACUGUAUCUCCUACUGGACCUACCCGGAUGACGAAAAGCGAAAGAACCCCAUAGGGAGACUGAACUUAGCCAACUGUACAAGUCGUCAGAUAGAACCAGCCAACAGAGAAUUCUGUGCACGACGCAACACUUUUGAAUUAAUCACCGCCCGACCACAGAGAGACGAUGACAAAGAGACUCUCGUUAGUCAAUGCCGGGACACGCUUUGUGUCACAAAGAACUGGUUAUCGGCUGAUACUAAAGAAGAGCGGGACCUCUGGAUGCAGAAGCUCAACCAGGUCCUUGUGGACAUUCGCCUCUGGCAACCGGAUGCUUGCUACAAGCCAGUUGGCAAACUUUGAGCUCUUGGGAUAUGCCUUGUCUGUCCGCCAUUAUAAAUUCACUUUGCUUAUAUGUUAUACUUCAGGAGUUGGGAAUUUCUGGUUGCAUUUUAGUGCUUUAAAAUCUGAAAAGGUAUGUGCUAAUAUCUAUUACACUAUUCAGUAUUUAUGUCCCCCUGAGUGCAAAACUGUCCCCUCGGUCAUCUUCAGAUGCACUGGGAUGCGACUCAGCUCCUUGGGGCUGAAUGUGCUAAAGAUGAAGGUAGUAAUGUAAUUAAGCAGGCAACUACAAGACCUCAGGAUGUUUUGAUUCUCCCUUUGGAAGGGUGACUCGGUGGUCUGGCGCACAAAGAGUUGGAUAGCUAAGGAAAGGUAAAAUAUUGAGGCCUUCCGUGUACUUACUUACUAGCCUCCCUGCUUCUGUUGUUCCUGGUCAUGUGACUAGAGCAGUGCUGAAGCUGACUUUUACAGUUUUCUAGUAAAAGUGCUAAGGGCUUUUUUGUUUGUUUUAAUGGAAUCAUCGGACUUAAAUCUGCCUCUUCAGAAACACUGCAUGACAAAUAUUGCAUAGUUUUCAGAUCAAUCUGUUCAAGCACUUGAUGCAUGAUUUACAGGUAUUAAGUUUUUACAUAUGCAGUAUGGUGCACAUUUUCCUAGAAAUCAGAUACCCCCCCCCCCCCCAUCCAAAGUUUUGCCAAAUAGCUUAGAAAUCUUUCCAAGCGGACAUGUGGGUUGGUUCCUACUGGUUCUGAACUGAGAACAAAGGUAAUUUGUGAACUCUUAUCUAAAGUAACUUUUACAAAGCUGCUAUGCAUUAAUGUUUUUCUGGGCAAAAUGUCUGUGACCUGACUGAACAGAAGUCUGACUUAGAACAACUGGUCAGUGAAACUGUUCACCUAGCUGGGCGAUGCUCAAAAGUAAAAUUAUUAGGUGCUUUUCAUUGGGCAUCGGUUUACUAACUUUAAAUACUCUGAGUGCUCUUUCUUCAGUGCUCAAGCACUGUCUUCUAUAGAAACACUAAACUGUGUCAACUGUACCUUACGCGCUAUGAUUUUAUAUUCUCGUUUUGAAUGUUCUCCAGAAUUAUGUAUUAUAAAAAUAUAUUAUGUUAUAAACAAUAAAUGCUUUUGCAUAU